AUGCGUAAUAACAAGCCAACCAAACGACCAACCGAAACCCCCAUCACCACCACACCUUCCGAAAAACCCGAAGUCCCGGAAACCCAACAGAACUUCGUACGUGUCUACCCUUCAUCAGCGCCACCUCGGUAUGCUAACCGUCCUGCCGGCUCCUCCAGGUUCCGGGAAAGGCUGAGCUUGGAUAUGACGAAUCCGGAGAUAUCUGCCGAGCAACCGCGAUGCUUGAUGGAAAGUAUGGCUAUGGUGCCUGAGACGACUGUGGAGGAGCAUAGGCGAGAUGAUCGUCAGGCUUGUGUACCCCAGGUCAAGGAAGUCGUCUCCAGUGUCUCCAAUCUCAUCAGGAAUGCUGUGGAGGUUGUUAGGCAGCGUUCACGGUCGCCUUCGCCUUCGCCAUCAUCGAUUGGGGACUCUAUUAGCGACGACGAGCCUUUUUCUGUACUUGCCAAACUGGUUGGGAUCGACAAGCGGUCGAUGCCGCGGCCGCCUCCUCCGGCUGCGGUAUAUCUUCAACGUUCCAACGCUGUCAGGUACCGGAAUCGUCCACGGCUGCAGUCGCGGGAUCAGCAAGAUGAUAUGCUUGGUUAUCACCCUGGUGGUGAGGCAGACGCCUAUUUCUUACGAGAUGUUGAUGUCGGAUACGGGGGACCUGGACACCAAUCACAUUCGGUACCCCCGGACUUUGCUAAUACCAACUCACAGCAAUGGGAAGGUGCGAACGUCAAAGGUGCGACCUACUCCCAUGUUGAAUGCUACGAGCUCCCUCAGGUAGGCAGCCCGCAGUAUCGUUCGUACGCCGACAUGGUAGAGGAUGGAUCCUGUCCGCGUCUGCGUGUCAUGAAUCGUACUACCUCAGAUUCUUCUCCACAGUCGGUAUCAUCAAGCUACGGCUCUUUCACCGUAGAGGACACGAACUUCCGCGCACAACUCGCAGCUUCAGCGUCACUGUGCUACCGGACUGAUAUUGAUAUUCCAGAUGACGCCUCAGUUUUGUCGUCAUCGUCAUGGCCAGACUACCCGGAAUAUCACGUCGAUAGACAAGAUGAUGUUUCAGACCGCAUGUCAGAAGCAUUCCUAGCAGCUCGCCGUUUCUUCCUGGAUGAAUGGUCAGUCGAAGAGGCUGUUCCGGCGAAAUCUCGUUUUUCGCUUUACUCGUCCGAGGAUGGUGAGUUUGGGGAUUGUGGGAAUGAGCGGAAAUGUGUUGGCAUUGGUGGAUUAGAUGAAGUUUCAGACGAUGCAGCAGAGGCAGUACCAGCUGUUAGACGAUUUUCUCUUGAUGAGGGGUCGUUUGAAGACGCAGGUUCAGCUGAGUCCCGUUUUCCCUCGUCCGCGGUCUCGAACGGUGGUUCCGGAGACCUUGGGGUUGAGCGUUGGUGGGCUACCAACACGCAACCCGUCGAUGACAACAGCUCGGCAGACGCUGAUGACGAAGGAGAUGAAGAAAACAAUUCGUCUUUUCCGUACUACGUACGUCAGGGGCCACUGAGGGUCCGUAACGCGUCAGUAUCGCAUUCAUCAGAAGGCUCUGUCCCGGAAAGCGCUUCGACCGACUGGUAUUACACACAAGACAGCGCUGAAACUUCAGAGGCUACCCUUGCAGAUGACGACAUGGCUUUCUACGAAGGGCUCUACGAAGAACACAAUCCAGACAACCACAGCGGAUCGAUCGAUCAAUCGCAGUUCGCGGAUUUCGACGGGGAUUUUACGGACGCUCCUUCGCUUACCAACGGUACCUCGCCGGAGAACACCUCCAGAGGCGAGUCUGGUAGCGGACGAGUCUUGAGGGUCGUCAACCAGACCUCCCCUCAAGAUGGCGCCGGGACCGAGAACGAUGACUGCCCGAGUGAGAGCGAAUCCGAUAACGAAGUUCCACGACGUGGUCGAAGUAGAACAAGAAGGGCACAGUAA